AUGUACGUGGAAUUUUUGAAAUACAAAUUUCAAGAUAGCUAUGAGGGUGUCAUUACAAAAACAAAGUUUAAAAUUGGAGUCCGUCAUGUACAAAUGUUGUACAUGUUCCUAGGUUCCGUCGUGAUGGGAGGGAUGCGUGGUUGUAUUGGAAUCGAAAUAUUGGCAAUAGUGGAUUCUACACGACGCAAUGACUCUUACAUUCAAAUACAUGACUGGGACAGGCGAGUUCAAGGAACAAUUAUAUCAUCUUUCUUCUUCGGAUAUGCAGUCAUGUUGCUUCCAGCUGAACUUUACUUGAAGAGUUUCGGUGAUAAGUUUGUAAUAACAUCCGUGCUUUUAAUUAAUGGCGCUUUAAGUGCUGCAAUGCCUACAAUAGUUAAUAGGGGUGGAUGGGCUGCGAUGUGCAACGCCCAUUUUCUAAUGGGUAUGACGCAAGCAUGUAUAUCGCCUGUUAACCAAGCAUUGUUGUCUAAAUGGCUGCCACCAAUUGAGAGAAACCCAUUUGGUUGUUUAAUUGAUACAGGUUUAUACUUGGGAAUUAUUGCCGCUUUACCACUAUCUGGAUUACUGUCUGAGACACGCUUAGGUUGGGAGCUUAUUUUCUAUUCUCAAGCGAUCAUGACACUUUCAAUGGCUGCGAUGUGGGGUCUCCUUACCGCUUCUUCACCAGAUGAGCAUCAAGCUGUUGGUGAUUCGGAAAAAGAGUAUAUAAAAGAGACUUUGGCUUGCUAUCGUAUGAAACGUUUGCAAAAGCCGUGGCGCAAUAUUCUCCGAUCACGACAAAUUUGGGCAAUCGUAUGCGCACACGCAGCUAGCAAUAUCUUGUUCGUCUUUUAUUUAGUUGACAUUCCCUUGUAUUUGAAGUCAAAAGGACUAUCAUUGAAAGAGUGUGCACAGCAGACGAUGUUAGCAGUCAUUGCUUUAUGGUUUAUGUAUACUACUACAACUCCAACCGUCGAUUGGUUCUUUAAGACUGGCUUCAUAACUUACAUAUGCGACGUGACAUACGCAAGGAAAUUUGUGAAUGCCCUAGGAGCUUUCUCAAUUGUAAUCGGAUUACUGAUUUUGCCCAAUAUAACGGUUGAGUGGCCUUAUAUAAGAUUAACAGUGUUAAUUGCUAUAUUGGGAAUACUUGGGUUUCAAUAUACUGGUUUUCUGGAAAAUCUUCGCGACAUAAGUCAAAAUUAUUGUGGUACUUUAAUUGUAGUGUCCAGUUCCUUUGCGAGCAUUCUCGCCGCAGUAACACCACUGCUCCAUGGAUUCAUUCUUAGCACUGAAGUGGAAGAUGCAAACCGUUGGAGAAUCUUGUUUUCAUCUCUCGCCAUCGUCUAUGCAUUUUGCAAUAUAAUUUACACUGUUUUCGGCAGCAGUGACCGGACAGACUGGGACGAUAUUGGCAAAAAUAAAUUUGGCUAUCACAACUCUGCAAUCGCUGAUAAUGAUACAAAUGAAUUAGAACUACACGAAACAAAUCACAGCGAUACUAAGCUAUCGAAACUGGAAGCCGAUACUGCAAUGUAA